AAAACACAUAUCAUUCGUAUUUUGGUGCCCUUAACAGUCUACGAACAAUGUCAUCAUCUACUGGAUUUGUGAAUGGGCCUAGACGCCAAAUAAGUGAAUGCAGAAAAGUGAUAAUACUUCAACUCUUGGCAGAUAGGAGGAGGAUUCAACAGUUAACGACUUAUAUAAAUAACCUACGGAUGAUAUACAAUAUGAGUGACGACCACAAAACCGCUAUGUAUCAUGCUGAACAAGAACGACAUAACAUGAUUGAUCAAGAGCAAGCAAAGGAAACCAUACUAGCCAAUCAAUUUGACUUAAGUGAUGCAAUAUUAAGCGAUAAUAUUGCUCUCCAAUCUUUUGUAGCUGAAUACUUUCCAAAUUAGUAACUAGUGAUGCUUCAAAUUGACAAGUGAUGAUCUACUAGUGAGUUGUUAAUAAUUAGUAAUGAAUAAGUUUGAGUAAUACAUUAGUUUUAUAGUUAAUCAUUAU